CGAAUCCUUUAUCUAAAGAGGAAGUGAAUUCAAUUAAAGGUAAUUAAGGAGCAGGGAGGAUUUAGGGGGCAUCUUGUGCUAAGAUGCCCCAAGGAUAUGCUGAGGAAAUUGGGAAUCAAACCCAGAACUGUUCAGCUGGUCACCCUGUUUACGUUAAAAUGAGAGUUUUAUAUUCUUCUGAUUCAGGAUUUGUCUUCAAUCAUUUACUUUAAAGGUAGCCAACUUAUUUCUGUUACUUGACUACUAUAUUUGUAUUAUUAUGAUUGAAGGAACGAUACACCCUGUCAUAAUUAUUUAAGUGUGGCCAAAUGUGUCUUCUGGAUAACGUAUUCAAGACUUGAGAUAGUUCACAGUGCUUCCUGUUGACUCCUGUCUUGUGCCUCUCACAGUGUAGCGUUGGGACACUCAUCUGAGUUAGCUUGGGCAGUAGUCAGGGGCUGCCACACAUUGCUAACGCUGCUCUUUGACAGAUACUUCCCAUGUUUUAACCCAUAAUUGAUAGUAAUGUACUUUGAGGGUUAAUUAUGCCCCUAAUUUAAAUCCAAAGGGACCAAAGUAAAACAACUUGUAGGCAGUUUUCUCUUUCUGAAGAAAAAUAACAACACUAUUAACACUAAAUGGUUUGGCAGCCAAAAAACGUUAGGUGAGUUCAACAUAUUGGCCCAUAAUCCCCUUCAAAUGACCCCUUGACUGGGCUUCCAAGUUGUACUAGCCUGUUGGAUGAAUAUUUAUGCUUGAAGCAACACAAAUAUAUGAAGAUAAAUUCAGUGCAACAAGUUACAAUUAUUUAAUUUUUACUAAACAAAAAUAAAUUCUCCUAGGAAUGGCCUCAGCUAACACUCUCUGGUCUGAAGAGAACUUUGCAUGUCCCAUAUGUCUGGAUGUGUUCAACCGCCCUGUUUCUACACCAUGUGGACACAACUUCUGCAGAAUCUGUAUUACAGCAUUCUGGGAUGGCGGAGUCCAGUACAAAUGUCCUGCUUGCAAUGAGCUUUUCCAAACAAGACCUGAUUUACGGGUCAAUACUCUCUUAUCAGAGAUGGUUGAUCAGUUCAGAAGGUCUGUACGAGUAAAAGAGCAGCCUUGUGUUGAACCAGGAGAAGUUCCCUGUGAUGUCUGUACUGGGACCCAGCUGAAGGCUGUGAAGUCCUGCCUAGUGUGUCUUCUCUCUUACUGCCACACCCACCUGGAGCCCCAUCAGAGAUAUGCAGGCCUGAAGAGACAUCUGCUGGUCAAUGCUAAGGACCGUCUGGAAGACAGGAUGUGUAAGAAACACGACAGACUUCUGGAGCUCUUCUGCCAGACUGAACAGGUUUGUGUGUGUCAGUUCUGCACAGAGACAAACCACAAGUUCCAUUCUGUUGUACCUCUAAAGGAGGAAUAUGAAGUGAAGAUGGCCCAGCUGGUAAAGAUAGAGUCUGAAGUUCAGCAGAUGAUCCAGGAGAGGCAACAAAAGAUUCAGGCGAUCAAAGACACAGUAACACUCAGCAGAGCGGAUGCAGACAGAGAGAUAGCCGAUGGUGUUGAGGUCCUCACUGCACUGAUGCGCUCUAUCGAAAAGUGCUCUGAUGAUCUCAAACAAACGAUUAAAGAGAAACUGAAAUCCAAGGAGAAACAAGCUGAAGACCUCAUCAAAGAGCUGGAGCAGGAAAUAGAAGAUCUGACCAAAAGAAGAUCAGAGGUGAAGCAGCUCGCACACAGCGAAGACCAACUCCACUUCCUGCAGAACUUCAGAAUCCCAAAGGAUCCUCCUCCCGCCAGGGACUGGACAACGGUGGAGGUCUGGCCCCCGUCAUACGUAGGCACCUUGAAGAGAUCCCUGGAUCAGCUGAAGGAGACACUUUACAUGGAGAUGAAGAAGGUUCCUGGCAUGAGAUCAGCUCUAAAGAAGUAUUCCUGCGAACUUACACUGGACCCAAACACAGCCCACGGAUAUCUCUCCCUGUCUGAGGACAACAGAAAGGUGACGCUGGUUGAGAAGCAUCAGGCGUAUCCUGAUCAGCCACAGAGAUUUGAUUCCCAGUACCAGGUGUUGUGUAGAGAGGGUCUGACUGGCCGCUGUUACUGGGAGGUAGAGAGGAAAGGAGAUGUUGAUAUAGGAGUGACAUACAGAGGAAUCACAAGGAGAGGAGAGGGUGAUGACAGCAGGCUUGGAGGGAACAACAAGUCCUGGAGUCUUUAUUGUGAUGAUGAUGGUUACUAUUCCCGGUACAAUGGUAGUAAAACAGUCAUACAUGUCCAUCCCGCUGGCUCUAACAUAGUAGGAGUGUAUCUGGACCGGCCUGCUGGCACUCUGUCCUUCUACAGAGUGUCCCCAGAUGUAGGAGGGUCCUCAGACACACUGACACACAUCCACACCUUUCAAUCCACCUUCACCCAGGACCUCUACCCUGGAUUUAGGUUUGAGUGGUCUGGUUCCUCAGUGUCUCUGUGUUAAAACACACACGUAGAUAAUGAGUUUGUGUGUAGUGUUAAGCUUGGAUGGUGUUUUGUAGGUGUCUGGUAAUAAUGCUGAAUGCAGUAAAUAAUCUCAAUUAAAAGCAACACACACACACACACACACACACACACACACACACACACACACACACACACACACACACACACACACACACACACACACACACACACACACAGAGAGUUAAUGCAUACAUAAUUAUAACACACACAUAGUACAUACAUAAAUAAAUACAGGCACACAUACACAGACACCUUUGUAUGUAGUUAAUGGUGCAGAAGGUAAUAUCAGUCUCUCUUUGUUGUUCAUCUCUCAGCCCUCUCUGCUACCACCAGCUGGGCCCUGUAACCUAGCCGGCGAUCAGAUUAAAGGGGAUACGCCAGUUGACCUUAGGGGUGAUCAAAAUGCUAUAUUGUGUUGGGCUACAGAAUAGUUUGACAAUCAUUCAUUUGAAGCAAGACUUUUGAACUCAUCCAUAGGGUUUACAAAGCAUGUUUUACAAAGGUUAUGUUUCUAAUUUGAAAUGUAUUUUCAAUAUUGACUAAAGUUAAAUACAAUGAUUUCAUUCAACAAUGUUUUAUAUUUUCAAACAUAAAAAAUUUCAGAUUCAGGUCUCUGGUGUCCGUUUUUGUUUUGAUAAGCCUAACAUGGAGCUGGAUUUCAAGCAGAUUUG